UUUGCAGGGGACACGAGCAGGAAGACGCUCUCCUCCUGGAGGAGGAGCGGCCCAGGGGGCGAAACGUGAGUUGAACGUUUCAUGAAGCCGCGCGACGCUCGAGCUGGAGGCUGAGCCGGAGCCGGAGACGGCGUGGGAAUGGGCCCGGUGCGCGGGAGGCGGGCACGAGCAUCAGGGUUCAUUGAAAAAUCCUUAGUGAUAUUGACUAAGGACAUAUUGACAAGUUACAUAAAUUAGCCAAUGACUCGGAAUGAUGGAUUCCCAGAAGAUUGGAAAUGGUUUGCCAGUGAUUGGACAAGACACUGGUAUAGGGAUAUCUUCACUCCACAUGGUGGGGUAUUUGGGAAAAAAGUGUGAUUCCUCUAGAGUUACAUCAGAUGGGUACUGUCCAGCCUGUAGAGAGAAGGGAAAGAUCAAAACUUUAAAGUCUUAUCGAAUCAGUUUUCAAGAAUCUAUCUCUUUGUGUGAAGAUCCUCAGUGCAUCUAUCCGUUGGGCUACAAGUCACUAGAUAACAUCAUAGUUUCUGUUGAUUUGGAAAACUAUCAGCCUCCCUGUAAACAGCCAAAGAGGAAGAUCUUGGAAAGCAGCAGUGUUGCUUCAUCGUUGGAACCAAAUUCAAAGGAAGAUGGCAGCAACACUUUGUUUGACAGUGAACGUGCUGUGAACAGUGAGCUUGCUCGCAGACCUGAUGGAUAUAAUUUGUAUAGAACUUCAUCAGAUUUAUCUGUUGUGUUACAAGACUGGCAGCAGAACCCAAGCAGGGCAGCUGAAUCUUUGCAGCAGAGUGGGAUUUUGGAAGCUGAAACUGCAGACCAGACAGCUGAAGAACAUCCUUUGAUUGUUGGUUCCCAGACUGAAAGUGUUCCAAAACCUGAAGUGGAUGCAACUAAAUUAGAAAUCCUACUGGAGAAUAGAUGCGUGCCAGUUACUGAAUCUACAUGUCUUCAGUGGAGAAAUGCAUAUGCUCUCUGUUGGUUAGACUGUAUUCUCUCAGCAUUAGUGCACUUGGAAGGGUUAAAGAAAGCUGUGACUGAACUUUGUACUGGAGAAGAAUCUAUAUUCCAGCAAUUAUAUACAAAGUAUAAUCAAGCAACCCUGCUUUUGACUGCUCAUCGUUUGAAUGGAGCUAAAGAUGAAAAUUGUAUAAAGAAUGUUUCAGAUAGACUUCGAAAGGCUGAGACUCAUCUCAAUGAAGUCAGAAACAAAAUUUUUGCUAAGCUUCAACCAAAACUUCGUUGUAAGUUAGGUAAUAUGGAAAGUCCUGUGUUUGCAUUUCCCUUGCUUCUACAAAUGGAACCUCUCAUUGAAACACUCUUCAUGUCAACUUUUUCUUGGAACUUUGAGUGUUCUCAAUGUGGAAACAAAUAUCAGCAGAGGAGUUCAAAGAAUCUGGUAACCUUCACAAAUGUAAUACCUGAGUGGCAUCCACUUGAUGCUGUCCAUUUUGGUCCAUGUAACAAUUGUAAAAGUAAAUUACAAAGGAGGAGAAUGGUCUUGGAAAAAGUAUCUUCAGUAUUAAUGCUGCACUUUGUAGAAGGCUUGCCAUGUAAUGACUUGCAGUUCUAUUCAUUUCAUUUCGAAGGCUUUUUCUACCAAAUAACUUGUGUGAUUCAAUAUCAAAUAAAUGAAAAACAUUUUAUAACUUGGAUUUUGAAUUCUGAUGGAACUUGGCUAGAAUGUGAUGAUUUAAAAGGACCGUACUGUAAGAGACACCAGAGAUUGGAAGUUCCUGCUUCUGAGGCUCACAUUGUUAUCUGGGAAAGAGAUGUUUCCCAAACAAUAGACAAGUCCAGUGUAGACUUUCCAAUUAGAAAGACAGGAAGCUUCAGCCUCAGUGAUUCCAAACCAGGAGCUCUGGCAGUGUGUGCUGGUGCUGGUGCUGGUGGCGAUGCUGCCGCUGAAACGUUUCCAACAUUCAAUCAGGAGGACGUUCUAAGUGCUCCAACUGCUGAUACACAGUGUGUAGUAGCAGCAGAUGCCGAGUACAGUUUAUCUGGUCUAGAAGAUUUGGUAGAUAGUGAUGUCAUAACUUUGACCCUUACAGAAAUUCAUGUGGAUUCUGAGGGCAAUCCAAUUGAAAACCAGCCUGUGGUAGAAGAUGAGUCUGGGAUAAGAGAUAAGGCAGUGGUGGAAAUGGACGCUUUGCAAAAGCAAGAAUUAGUAUUAGCUUCUUCACAGCCAACUCCGUGUAGGGAAGCACCUGUCCAACCUCAAACUCUGUCUACUAGUAUCCUAACUCACCAUGCUAGUAUUGAUUUGAAAUCGGAUCAGCCGAGUCCAGAAAAUAUUUCAGGCACAGUACAUGUGACUACUCUUCCACAAGGAGAGAAGCCAUUACAAAUUCAAGAGACUACAGUUACAUUUUCUUCCAUCGCCUUGGAGAAGGGUGCUGUAUCAAGUCCAGUCCUUUCACCAAAGGUUGAAAAACUUGUGUCAGAACAAAGCGUCUUAUCUCAAGUAUCUAACUUGAAAACAGCAAAUGGUAUUGCAGGAGAUUUCCAAAGUAUAGUCCUGGAUUCAACACAUAAUUCUUCACAGUCCCAAUCACAGAAAAAAAAGUUUGUAGGAAGUUGGGUAAAAGGAUUACUAAACAAGGGAGUUUCUUUUAUGCCAUCUUGUGCCUCAGCUAAUGAAAGAAAGGUCCAUUUGCAAAAGACAACUGACUUGAACUCUCUGGUUAAAAGGGCCAAUAAUUUUCGGGGCUUUAAACCUAAAGGUAUAACCAAUCAAACAAGUCCUCAAACACCCAAGAAAACACCCAGGUCUGCGUGCAACUCACUUCCAGUUCUUAACUCUUCACCGUCAAAUAUUAGUACAUCUUUAAUACCUGAUGAAAUUCGGGAAGGUACAAAGGUUUUGACUAAAUCCUUGCAUAAAAAUGUUCAGCCUCCCUCUAGUGGGAUACCUCCUAAGCACAGUUUUAACGGAAAUGAAAAUCACAUCUCUUCAGGGACACAUGAGAGUCAAACUCAUAAACUUCGUCUAAAACUUCUUAAAAAACUUAAGGCAAAAAAGCAAAAACUGGCCACUCUUCAGGCUCUCCAAAUAAAUGGAAAGUCUCCAAGGAAAAGUACAAAGCACUUGCCCCAGGAUGCAUCUCCCAGGGAAUGUGAAUCACUGCAAGGCCUGUUAAUGGAACUCCAGGAUCAUAUCAGUGCCACAGAUAAUAAACCUAAGGGUACCACACAUUCCGAUAUUUCCCUGUGUCAUAGCCCAACUCAUGAAGAAUUUUUAGCAGAAUUACUGUCUUCUACUACAACUGUUGCCUCAACAGAACUUCCAAUGGAUAGAGAAAAUGAUUGUGAAUAUUUGGAGAUGGUAGAUAACUGUAACACAACACCAACACCUAGUGACUUUGUCAGUGGGUUUUCUUCUGCAUAUCCUAGCAAAGACCAUAAUUAUCAUAGUCCUGUAAAACAAAGUCAGUAUGAAGUUCAGAUGGACUCAUUAACAAAUAAUUCUUGUGCUAAAACAUUAAACUUUGAAAAUCCCCUAAAGACAGAUAUUCUUGAUGAAUUUUUUUCCACUUCAGUAUUAAGUUCUUCAGCAGAUGACAUAGAAUAUUUACCUCAUUUUGAUGAAUAUAUGUUUGACAGUUGAAUGUCAGUGUUUUUAGAAUUUAAUAUUUGUAUUAUUGUUUUAGAAAAAAUAUUAAAUUAUGUUUUCAAAUAAAAACUGCACGCUGGCUGUGCUCAAAAUGUAAAUCAGAAACCUAGUUUGUGAAAUGUAUUGUUUAUUUGAACAAAAUGUAACAUACUAAGGUCCUUAUUAUUUCCCAGAAAGCACUUCUAAUCUCUGAAUUAAAAUGAUCAAAAUUCUGUUUUCAACAUUUGGGGGUUAAUUUUUUAUUUUGUGGAAUUAGUACUUGUUUUCUACAAUUUUAGAUAACUAGAAAUAUAGUUAAUGGACAACUUUUUGAUCUCUACUGUUUUAAAAUUACAGGUAAUGAUAGUAUUAGUUCAUGUAUCCCAGAACUUUAAAUAAAGUGCAUGACAGGGCUUAUUAAUGGACUUCAUGUAGGGAUAAUGUGCUGAAAAUGCUUUUUUUUUUUUUAAAGAUGUCUUUGAAUGGCAUAGAUGACAUUAAAUUCUCAAUAGAUAAUUGGAAACAGAAUACCACUUCUGGUACACUGGUAGAGGAUUUAACACACCCAUAUAUAUAUCAUAUUGGGCAGCGAGGUGGUACAAUGGGUAGAGUUCUGAUGCUGGAGUUAGGAAGACUACUAGGAGUUCAAAUCUGGCCUCAGAUGCUAGCUGUGUGACCCCUGGGCAAGUCACUUGACUCUUGGUUUCUUCAUCUGUAAAAUGAGCUGGAGAAGGAAAAGGCAAACCAAUCCAGUAUCUUUGCUAAGAAAACCCAAAUGGGGUUAGGAAGAGUUGGACAUGACUGACUGAAAAAAUGUCAUGCUAACCCUUUCCUAAACUGGUUGUUUUCCACAGUAGAGUGAGGAUAGGGUUCGUGUGUCUCAGUUGUUUAUACGUACCUGGAAGAAACAAUUUUGGCUUCCCAUAUACUACUUCCAGGUUGCUGGGAUAUAGGGAAAUGAAGUGAAUUGGCAGUGUCAACACACUUCACAACUAUACAUCUCAUUCAACAGAUGUUUAAAUAACAUGGCAGCUGACAUGAUAGUAAGGAUGGUGGCCCUGGUUACCAAGAAAGAAUAGGUAGGAUUAUGAAGGUGAACAUUAAAGGGUAUUUCACCAGAUUGUGAAGGAAAACUACGGACGUGUAGCCUGUUACUAUUCAAACCACUCUGAUCCUCUAAUACUGCAUUGACAGCCUUGGGUUCUCAGCGGUCCCAUGGAGAGUGCCAGAGUUGGUUGGCUGGACGUCUCCUCCAAGAAGCAGGAUGGUAGCUCCUACAGGUUGGCCAGAGCAUGGUUAAUACGCAUAUAUUUUUUGCCUCUACACCUUGAUGGGAAAGUCAGUCUUUUUGAUCAGAUCUUUUUAAUUCAGGGAUUCUUAACUCAGGGGUCUAUAAACUUUAAAAAAAUUGGAUUACUUAAAAUUCUUUUCCUUUGUAAUCCUUUGUAUUUUAUUUUAUGCAUUUGAAAACAUUAUGAAAAGGAGUUCAUAGGCUUCACCAGACUGUUAAAGGGUUUGUGACAUGAAAAAAGGUUUAGAAUCUCUUAUUUUAAAGUACUGUUCAGGACCUCCCUUCCAUAUAAAAUACACGACAAACUUGAAAUGCCUGUCUUAGAGUAUAUUAAUGCCCCAGGAAAAGACUUGUGAAUAACCUUUCAGCACAGGGUACAAAUGUACUGUGAUCCAGUGAACAUUUUAUAGUAAAAAAAUAUUGGCUGGCUUUCCUUCUAGCAAAUGUAUUCAGUACCCACUAUAAAAUAUAUACAAUACUGUGCACAAUGGAGGCAGUAUUCCAAGAAGAUGCUGUCAGUCCCUGCCUUUAAAGAGCUUCCCAGUGUAAUAAGGCAGCAGACAGAUAAAACACAAAUGAAAGAAUAUCAAUAAAAUGCCUAAUAAUGUAAGUUUUAAAAAUUGUAGCAUUUUCUAUGAUUGCUAAAGGAAUACAGGGGAAAUCUCAAAUAUUCCAGAAGAAUGUUAUAGAAUUGGAAUCUUAGGAUGUACCCACAAGAGAGAUUAUAGAGAAAGUGACAGUGUAACACUGUAAUUUUCAAGUGGAAAGGAAAAAAGACCUUUAUCUUGUUGAGAGUGAGUAAGAACUGUAUAGCUCAGUGAAAUGCCCCGUUUAACUCUCGAAUUAGCCCGACAUCAUGGGAGAGGGAUUACCAAUAUGUGCCCAGUGCUUAGAGAUGUUUCUGCCACAGCUAGCACUUAACCUCAGUUUCUAAGGUAGUGUAACCAAGUCCUAUUUAAUAGGAAGUGACAAACUAAAUUAACUAUAAAACCAGAAAUGCAAUCUUUGGCAAGUUCUGCAAAAAACCGCUGUUCAAACAUUACAGAGAAUUUCAGGGCAAAGUCAAUGUUGGGUCUUGGGUAUUGUGUGCCAAUGCCUUGAACAGCAUCUCUAAUCCACUUAAUUACUUUGUUGAUUAAUAGCACCUAGUUGCUCCCUGGCAUUUCAAUCACAAUUUAACUUUUACUUUGCUUGGGCUAUGAAAGACUUAAAAUUAAAGCACUUAAUUUAGAGAGUAGUUGGGAGUGAUCAGCCUUAUUUAGCCUGAUAUUAAAAAGACUAGUGAAAUAAAGAAUUAAUCUUAUUCAAAAGAUGUGAACAGUUCGAAAUGCUAUCAACCACAUGUGAAAAAAAUGCUCUGAAUCAGUAAUAAUGAGAGAAAUGCAAUAAGACAACUGAGAUGCCUUACCCAUCAAAUCAGAAAUAAAGUUUGAAGGCUUGUGGGAAUAAUAAGCCAUUGGGUGGAGCUGUACCAACUUUUAAUUUAAGUGACUUGCCCAAGGUCACACACACAGUGUGUCAAGUGUCUGAGGUCUGAUUUGAACUAGCUCCUGACUCUAGGGCCAGUGCUGUACUCACUGCACCACCUAGCUGUCCCUGCCAACUGUUUUAAGACUUGCCAAACAGUGGAAAAAAUUAUUUGAAAUUAAGAUAGAAAAGUUAACAGUUCGUACUCCUUUGUCUAGAACUCCCACUAUGGAGCUUGCACCCCACAAGGAGAAAGGGCCUGUAGCUCUCAAAAGACUCAGCAGUUCGUGGUAGUUGAGAACUGAAAAAGUACAUGCACUUGGAUUGGGAAAAGGCUAAACAAAUACAGUGGAAGCUGAUGAACACAAAGGAUUUAGAGAGAUGUGAAGACACAUAGAGGAUAAAGAAAGCAGAACCGGGGAAAUAAUAGACCAAGUUUAUAAAAAUAUAAAUGAAAACAAAAUCAAAAGGUACUUCAAUACAAUGACUGAUAUUGGUUCCAGAUAACAUGUUAAAAGUCUCUGUGAAGAAAUAGUAAAUUAUUAAUGUAGAAUAUUGCAUGUCCUGUCAGUUGUAACUAUUAUCUGCUGGUUUUCCUUAAGCUUUUUUUUUUUAAAGUGGAAUGGGAAGAAAUAUUGGAAAAUGAUUGUUGUCAAAAAGUGUAUCAAUAAAAUACCAUUUGAAAAAACCCA